UAACCCUCAGAGUGUCAGAGCAGCUUCAUUUCUCCCUCAGUCCUUUGAGAAACUUCCACUGUGUUCACUUCUUAAUUCCUCUCUUUCUGUCUUUGUUGAGAUCCAAAUCUAAAUGCGAUGAGUUUUAAGAAACACGAGGCUCACAUAGAGCUGGUGACUUGCAUCGAUAAUCCAGCCUUUAACGAUGUCGACGGUGAAGGUGACGGCUCAGCGGCCAAAACCUCCGACGACCACGCCGGGGAGGAGAAGCCGCAGUCGGCCGCGGCUGAGGACUACACGCAGAUCAAACCUUACGCCGGGAUGCCCAAAGAGGUUCUGCUACUGUACUCCUCUCAGGCCCGGUACCGAGUUCCCCGGGAGAUCCUGUUCUGGCUGAUUGUGGCCUGCACUCUGGCCAUAGUGGCGCUCACCAUCACUGUGAUCGCGGUGUCGCCGCGCUGCCUGAGCUGGUGGCAGCUUUCCCCGGUGUACCAGGUUUACCCACGAUCCUUCAAAGACUCGGACGGUGACGGGGUUGGAGACCUUAAAGGAAUUCAGGAACAGUUGGCUCACUUUGAGUUUCUGAACAUUAAGUCCGUGUGGAUCAGUCCGUUCUACCGCUCUCCCAUGAGAGACUUCGGCUACGAUGUGGAGGAUUUCCGGGCCAUCGACCCUCUCUUUGGAACCAUGCAGGACUUUGAAGAGCUUCUGGCUGAGAUGCACAACAAAGGUUUAAAGCUGAUCAUGGAUUUCAUUCCCAAUCACACCAGUGACAGACAUCGCUGGUUUAACAUGAGCCGGAUGAGAGAUCCUCACUACGAGGAUUACUACGUAUGGACCGACUGCAAUGCAACUGCACCGAGACCUAAUAACUGGGUGAGUGUGUUUGGAAACUCAUCAUGGACAUUCGAUGAAGUCAGAGGACAAUGCUACCUGCACCAGUUCCUCAAGGAGCAACCAGACCUGAAUUUCAGGAACCCACAUGUCCGCCAAGAGAUGACUGACAUUAUUCACUUUUGGUUGGAUAAGGGAGUGGACGGGUUUCGCAUGGAUGCAGUCAAGCACAUCCUGGAGGCGGCGCAUUUGAGGGAUGAACCACAGGUGGACCUGAACAAACCACCCGAGAUGAUCACUUCAGAGUGGGACCUCCACCAUGACUACACCACCAGUCAGCUGGGCUUGCAUGACCUCCUGAGGGACUGGAGGGCAGAGAUGGACGGCUACAGUCGUGAGCCUGGCAGAUACAGGUUCAUGGUGACAGAGUCAUAUGAUUACCACGAGGUGGAAAAGACCAUGAUGUACUAUGGGACGCCGCUGGUUAAAGAAAGUGAUUUUCCCUUUAACUUUUAUCUGCUGGACCUGCCUCAGAACACCAGUGGCUUGUGGGUUCAACAUCUGGUCCAACUCUGGAUGGCCAACAUGCCCAAGGGACGGUGGCCCAAUUGGGUGGUCGGAAAUCACGACAGGCCUCGAAUUGCCUCCAGUGUGGGUCAGGCCUACAUCCGUGUCCUCAACAUGCUGCUGCUGACCCUUCCAGGCACACCGACCACCUACUAUGGCGAGGAGAUUGGCAUGGAGAACAUUAAUAUCACAGACAGUCAGAUACAAGACCCUGCUGGCAAACACAAUGCAAGUGCCAGUCGGGACCCACAGCGAUCUCCGAUGCAGUGGAGUGGAGACAUGAAUGCAGGCUUUAGCAGCAACAACACCAACAGCACCUGGCUGCCUGUACACCCUGACUACAGACGCGUCAAUGUGGAGGUCCAGAAGAAAGACGAAGAUUCCGUUUUGUCUCAGUACCGUUUCCUGAACACUCUACGUCAGUCAGAGCUGGCGCUUCAGCGUGGGUGGUUCUGCUACGUCCGUGCCGAUGCCAGCGUUUUCUCAUUCCUCAGAGAGCUUGACGGACUUGACCGGGCUUUCCUCAUGGUGCUCAACUUUGGCAAAGAAGCUGCCGUCACAGAUCUCUCCUCUAUUCCAGAGUUACCGGACCAGUUAACAGUGCUGAUGAGCACAAACCAUGUCAGUGAUGGCAAGGUGCUGCAGAAGUCUCAUAUCCCGACAGAAGCGGGGGAGGGUUUGGUGAUUCAGUACUCCAUCAGCACUCGAUUUAAUCCCACCCACUCAGAACAGUGCUAUGUCUCUGAGAAAGCCUGCUAUAUACGUGUUGUUGACAUACUUUAUAAAUGCUGACAUGGACAGACGAUGCUCAUCAGUUUUCACCGUUAGCCUUACUUCCUCUUCCGCUUGUGUCGAGGAGGUUCCAGACUCAGCUCUUUGUAUAGAAACGCUAAGUUGAGGGCUUCCUGUGUGAGACAAAUAACCAGUGUCACAGUCUGUAACCACCAACUAAUGUUUAUGUUGUCAAAGUGAGACACUUACAUUGGAUGUAAGACAAAAGAAUAACAAGGGCAUUAAAAAUAAUUUUACCACAGCUA